CAAUUCGAACAGGUGCGCGGUAAUCUUGUUGUGGUCAUGUACAUGUGGAGUAAGCCCAUCUAACCAGGGUUUUAGAAUAAAAGUUCUUCAAUCGGUCAACAUAAGCUGGAAUGAUGGAGGACAUCAGCCUCAUAUCCCCCAAAAAGAGAAAAAGGAAGCACAAACGGAUGAGUAGAAGUGAAGAGGAUAUUUCCUCUGAUCACCUGUCAAGUGAAAAGGACUUGGAUACAUCUUUAUCUACAGUGUAUAAUAGCUAUAGUGAUGAGAACAGAGAAAAGAAAAGGAAAAAGAAAAAGAAACAUAAAAGAGACCAUGAUGAACAUGGUAAUGAAUCGACUGUCAAUGUAAAUGAGUCUGAAUUUUGUACAAAACAAAAAAAGAAGAAAAAGAAAAAACAUUCAAAGAAAACUGCAGGUUUGCCUUGUGUCUAUGGCAUUAACCAUCAGAAAGAGCAUUUAAAUGGUGAAGCAGAGCAUUCUUCUCCAAGCAAAAGAAAAGCUGAAAAUGGAUGUUCCAACUCUGCUGGUCCUUCUGAAAGUCCCCAGGAGACAGAAAAUGGUACUAAUGAAGAGAUUGACUCUGUUGAUAAUGGAGACACUUCAGAAGACCAGGAUAAAACAACAAGAAAGUCUUCGUCAAAAAGUACAAAACAGAGAAAACAGUCCAGACAAAAGAGUAUUGCAGCUCUGACUUUGACUGAAGCAGAAACGGCCAUUGUCCAUUCUGGAAAGUUUUCAAGCCGUCAGAAAGACGUUGAUGAUUUAAAAGAGAUGGGAAUUUCCCUUCGUGUUGGAAAGUGGUUACUACAGGAAGACGAAAUUUUGAUGGAAAACUUUGAAAGUAUAAAGAACGAUACUGUCGUUGACAUUGAUAAUGAAUUUCUCAUGCAGUUAUUAUUUUUAAACCUCAUAGGCUGUGCAAAAAUGGAACUUAGCAGAGUGAAGACAUUUCUCAAAGAAAGCAGCUUCCAUGUCCGAUUGGCUGGCAAUUUAAGAAGGACACCAGAAAGUGUAAUGGACCGUGCCAGAAAGAUACUGCCUGCAUGGAAUACUGGUCCUUUCACGGACAAAGAGGAAAGAAAAUUGCUCAAACUUGUUGGAGAGUAUGGUAAUCAAUGGACAAUAAUUGGUUUUCACUUGAAUCGGUCAAGAAAUAGUGUGCUUGACCAUUAUCGGAUCAUUAAAGAUGGACAAAGGAAGAAGGGAAAAUGGACAGAGGAUGAGACCAAUGACUUGUUACAAGUGAUCUCCGAAGUGAUGCAGGUAGACGACCUGCUCAGUCUACCCCACUUCAAUAUGCCUUGGAAUCGCAUUGGACAGAGGAUGUCAAAUCGUAACGGAAAACAGUGUCGUAGUCACUGGGUGUACCAAAUUCGGCCCAUGCUGGUACAGGGAAGCGAUAAGAAGAAAAAUCUGAACAGGGACGAAGUGGUUGCAGAAAUAUUACAACUAGACAUUGAAACAGAAAGUGAUAUUGACUGGGUAGACUUGAUGGAGAAAAUCCCAGAGGCUGGCACACCACAGCAGCUGAUGUAUAUGUGGCAGAAGAUAAAGUCGAGUAUAGCUGGAGUUGACAGGAUGACAUUUGAUGAGAUCAGAGAUGCACUACAAUAGUUGAGUAACAUGUUGCUGACAAUUUACUCUUGUCCACUUUUGUUGACUGGGACUGACUAUUCAGUUCUUUUCAAUUUAAACGUUUUUAUUGCUGAUAAAAUUUGAGGCAAUUUUUUACAGCAAAAAGUAGUAAACACAGUUUAUAUAGACUAGAACUGAAUAUUCAGUUCUUUUCAAUGUGAACAUUUUUAUUGCUGAUCAUUGUCCAUCGUCCAUCCAUGCUGAAAACAAUUCCUGUUAUACAGAUUGUAUUGCUAUUUCUUAAGUACAUGUACUGAAUGGAUCUUUCUCACAUUUCACAUUUGUGAAUUUUUCUUUAGUCCCUAGUCUUGUAUGUUUCUUUCUAAGACUGAUAGGAAAAGAACAAGAUGGCUGCGAGGCAGUCAUCUUGGAUUUUGAUAAUUUAAUUAGCUUGUUAUAUUAUUGCUAUUUUUUUCAAUAUGCGCUUGACAGAUCUUUCUCAUACCUUUGUUGGUAGUUGUUCAUAUGUUUCAUUGUGGGGCUGAUCAGAAAAAGAAGAUAUCUGCCAGAUAACCAUUUUGGAUUUUGAGCUAUUUUGUUUGUGAUCACUAUUUCUCAAGAAGUUAAUAAUGAACAAUAGCCUUCAUUUGGAAAGACAAUCACAAACUCAGCAUCGUAGAACCUUCAAUCAAAGAUUACCACAAGAUACAUUUACUGUUGACAAGACAAUCAGUCCAACAGAUUUGAGACAAAAAGGGAAAUUAAGGGAAAAGAUAUAACCGACAUAAAUCUAAUGAAGAUCUUACGACAGGAUCUUUGGUUAUAUUUCAUCUUUAUUAUUUUUUCAAAUAUGUUCUGCAAAGGAUAGUUUACUUUUCAGAAAUUAUUAAUGAAAGCUUUCAUCAUGACUGAAAAAAAAGUCUUCGGCAGUGGUAUGGGGAUCAUUAAGCUUAAGUGACUUCUCUAUAACUAUGAGAUUGAUAUCAAUUAUAUUUACAUCCAUUUUUUGAUGAUUAAAAUUUAAAACCAAUUUACAAAUUAAGUGGCUAACUCUUCCGAGGCCUGAGAAGUGGGGACAAAAGGGUUAUUUGCUCAUGAAUAAAGUUUAAAUUUUUAGACAUGUAUCACUCCUCUAGGGUUCAGAGUUGUACAAAAAGAGGGGGCUGAAAUAUAGGGAGAAAUAUUCCCCAGGUCAUAACAUGAAAAUUAACUCAUUCACCCCUGAAGACACAUUUGAACCCUUCCAAUUAAAAGGUUGGAAUAGUUCAUUAUGAACUUCAGGGGUGAAUGAGGUAAAGGUUGUGGUUCCCAUAUAUACAAUUGCAGAGCAUGAAGCUACAAAUACUUGUAGGCCACCAGAAUUGUCCUCAGGGUCUGGCCCUAUUCAUUGGAGGUUUCUUUGGGAAAGUAUUUCAAAAUAUUUCUGAACAUUUUCUUCAGGUUGGUAAGUAUUGAUUAUGAAAAGAUUCUUGUAAC